UAGUAAUCGAGUAUAUGCAGGAAAUUUUACAGGGAACCAGAAAAAGAAUUUCUUUCGCAACUUCCGGAGGAAAAUUUAUUUUUAGAAAGACACAUGUUCCCGCUGACAUCCUGACAAUUAAACUCUAAAUUAUUUAAAGAUCAGAGUCAGGUUUAAAAGUUAAGAUGCCUUCAGAUGCCAAGAAAAAGCGAGAACAGAAGAAAAAAGAAGCAGCAAAGCGUGGCAAAAAACAGCAACCAACUGAAGAUGUAGCUAAUGGGGAUGCAGAAACAAAUGGCAAAGAACAGAAUGGUGUAAGCAAUGGUGCUACGGAUGAUGUUAAUGGUAUAACAGAACAGUUGGAUGAACUUCAACUAGCUGCCAAGUUUAGGUCAGUAGCAGGUGUUUUAGCCUCACACUAUGACAGUCGUGACCUUCAUCUUGAUAGCAUAACUAUACGUUUCCAUGGUGCGGAGCUUUUAGUAGAUAGUAGACUAGAGUUAAAUUGUGGGAGACGAUAUGGAUUAAUUGGUCUCAAUGGUUGCGGGAAGUCUACGUUGUUAGCAGCGUUAGCACAGAAAGAAUUACCUAUACCAGAUCAUAUAGAUACGUUUUUGUUACGUCGAGAAAUGCCACCUAGUGAUAAAACUGCUAUGGAAUGUGUAAUGGAAGUGGAUGAACUUAGAAUACGAUUAGAGAGAGAGGCUGAAGUACUUGCCACUAAAGAUGAUAAUGAAUCUCACGAACGUUUGAUGGAUGUUUAUGAGCAUUUAGAAGAACUUGAUGCCGACAAGGCAGAACAAAAAGCUGCUUUUAUUCUCACUGGUCUUGGAUUUACUGUUAAGAUGCAGCACACAGCAGUCAAACAUUUUUCCGGAGGAUGGCGUAUGAGGAUAGCUUUAGCUAGGGCUUUGUUUAUGAAGCCUGCUCUACUGUUGUUAGAUGAACCAACCAACCAUCUAGAUCUUAACGCCUGUGUAUGGUUAGAAGAGGAACUAAAGAACUACAAGAGGAUAUUGGUGGUGAUAUCACAUUCCCAGGAUUUCCUCAAUGGUGUCUGUACAAAUAUCAUACAUAUGAACAAACAGAAAAUAAAAAUAUUUGGUGGUAACUUUGACAGUUAUAUACAGACCAGGUUUGAGUUAGAGGAGAAUCAAAUGAAGCAGUACCGCUGGGAACAGGAUCAGAUUGCUCAUAUGAAGAAUUAUAUAGCAAGAUUUGGUCACGGUAGUGCUAAGUUGGCACGACAAGCUCAGAGUAAAGAAAAAACUUUGAAGAAGAUGGUAGAAGGAGGACUAGCAGAGAAAGUGACGUCAGACAAGACUUUAUCAUUCUAUUUCCCAAGUUGUGGAAAUAUCCCACCUCCUGUGAUAAUGGUUCAGCAUGUCAGCUUCAGAUAUAAUGAGCAAACUCCUUACAUUUACAAGGAUUUAGAUUUUGGAGUAGAUUUAGAUACAAGAGUUGCACUAGUAGGACCAAACGGAGCUGGUAAAUCAACACUACUCAAGCUGAUUGUAGGCGAUUUGAUACCAACUGAUGGAUUGGUACGAAGACAUUCACAUUUAAAGAUUGGCAGAUAUCACCAGCAUUUACACGAGAUAUUAGACAUGGACAUGAAUGCUCUUGAAUGGAUGAUGAAACAGUUUCCAGAUAUCAAGGAACGAGAGGAAAUGAGAAAAAUCAUUGGGCGUUAUGGGUUGACUGGACAACAACAGGUCGUACCUCUACGUAAUUUAUCUGAUGGUCAGCGAUGUCGUGUGAUAUUUGCCUGGUUGUCAUGGCAAGCACCACAUCUGUUACUUCUUGACGAACCUACCAAUCAUCUUGAUAUAGAGACUAUAGAUUCUCUAGCUGAUGCUAUCAAUGACUUUGAAGGUGGAAUGAUUCUAGUUAGUCACGACUUCAGACUUAUAUCACAGGUUACUGAAGAAAUUUGGAUAUGUGCAAAUGAGACGAUCACGAAAUAUGAAGGUGAUAUCUACAAGUACAAAGAGAAGCUUGUUAAGAUUGUACAGAAGGAGAACGAGAGACUUCUACAACAAAAGAAAUGAUGAUAGCUCUAUAUUAGGCCUUGACAUUCACUUAAAUUAUUUAUUAUAAUACGUCUGCUCCACAUUUACCACAGAGAUGACAAAACUGAACAAAAAUGUUUAUUAAGCUUUAAGGACAUCAGAUAUUUAUAGAAAAUGAAGGGACAUAGUGUGAAAGAGAAAUAAAUGCAUAACAAGCAUGGUGAAAAUAAAGGGACAACACUUACAGAAUUUUAUUGGGACAAAGAAUUUUUAAGGGAUUAUAUAUAGGAACACUAGAGUAAAAGUAUCAGAUAUAGGGGACACCUUAUGUUUAUGGAGUAUAAAAGCACAUGAGGUUUAGGGAAAAUGAACAUUAAUUUUAGAUGAAAAUGUAAAAUGAAAAAACUUUGUUGUCUACAUAAACUUAUGAUGUGGACAUUAUUGCAACAAAUCAUACAUUGAUACACGUUUUAGGCAGUAUUGAUUUUUAUGAAAUUUUGUUGACUUACAUUGUGAGUAAUAAUAUGCAUCAUCUAUUAUUAAGAUGGUAAAAAUCUUGUCAGAUUUGACUAUUUUGUUAUACAAGUUUACAAGGUCAUAAAGUUUGUGACUCUUAUUGUACAAAAAACGACAAUUAUUUUGGAUAACCAAUAUCCUAAAGUAACAAAUGUGAGCAUAGUUUAAAGUAGGAUAACAAUAAAGAACAAACGUUCAAAUCAUUUAUCUACAUAACAACAGCUGACUGAAUAAAAGCUACAUGUAGUGUGUUUAUUUGAUUUCUUCAACUUUAGUAUAACCAUCAUGACCACCAUUAACUUUCAUCUUUUGGGCAAGGGAAAAAAGUUUGACAAAAUCACGUGACUCAUAUUUUGAUAAACAAUAUAUAAAUGUACAAGCUAUUAAUAAUUGUAAUGAAAAUAUGGAAUGUUAGAAGAUUCAAACCUAGCUUUGUCUUCAAUUUAUAUAUUUACAUUUAAAAUUAGAUGUCAGUUUACUUGCAAAUGUUUUGGGGGGAAUAAAAAAAGGAAAACAUAUACAAUUCUUUUGUUCAAAAUGUGUUAUUUAUUUAAUGCAUGUCUUUCAAUUGUUGUUUUUAAACUUACAUUGUAAAUUUGAGUAAAUAGUAUUGUCAACCAA